GUGUACUAUCAGCUGGUGGGAGGGGCUUAAUAUGUGCGAAAGUGAACUGUGAGUGAGAGCACAUUCAAACCUGUGAGGACGAGAGAGAGACAGUCACAGAGAGAGAGAGAGAGAGAAAUGGUAUUAAACUGGAAAACAGAUCUGCUGACAUAACACCAUGGACUCUGAAUCUGUGGACAGAUGUAUCCAAAAGGUUCUGUCCUCACUCUACCCGCCCUUCCAGGCCACAUCAGCAACUGUCCUCUGUCAGGUCCUCAGUGUGGUGGACAGCUGCUACAGAGGAGACGGCGUCCGCUGUCUCCUGCACUUCCUGUUACCUGCCAAGUUCCUGUUGGAGGCGCUGCAGCAGCACCGUGUGCAGUCCUGUGAUGAAGGUUGGCCUCUGUGCAUUCAGGAGAAGUUAGUCGUCCAUCUCUGUCCUGUGGACCAGCGUCUUCUUCUACCAGGUGACUUCUACCUGUUGGUGUCUCCACCUCUUGGAGUCCACAGCGCCUCCUGCAGGAGCAGCGUGUCCUCGUCACCCUGCCUGCUCCUGUGCAGCAUGUCAGAGGGUGGCGGUCAUGUGGAGCAGCAGGAGGUGGCCGAGGUAGCGCUGCGCUCUCUCUUUAGCAUGGCCUGGCUGGACUCGGUGAACAGGGAGAGGGAGCUGCGCGGCGUGUCCACGCUGCGACUAUGCGUCCUCGCCGCCAACCACCACAUCUUCAGGGUUCCCUGGGAGGACGUGGUCUACCCACGGCUGCUCAGCUGCUCCCAGUCCCACACUGCCACCUUGGACCAGAAGGAGUCACAUGAUCAGAAUAAAGACGUUCACUCCUGGAGACGGGAGGAUGUUAAGCCCCACCUCGCCACAAAAGCCAACCAAUCAGAAAUGAGUAGUGAGGCUGAGGACUCGGAGGGGGAGUACGUGGAGCUGACGGAGCUGACAGAGCUGACGGAGCAGAAGGAGCUGAAGGAGCUGACGGAGCUGACAGAGCUGAAGGAGCUGAUGGAGCUGACAGAGUUCACGGAGCAGAAGGAGCUGACGCUGCCUCCAUUCUCAACACAGAGAGGUUCAUCAACGCAGGAGAUCAGCCGACAACUCCGAGCCAGGAGCAGCACACACACACAGACACACACACACACAUCUGACAACACACACACUCACCUCUCCAGGCUCUGUGAGGUCAUGGAGGAAAUGAUCACCCAAGACUCCUGUAUCCGCACCUCCUCCUCCUCCUAUUUUGCUCCUCCUGAAGUCACAGGAACCUCCUCACAGGAACAAACAUCACGGACUGAAGUUGUGGCACUGAGAGAGGAAGAGGGAGGGCUGAACGAGGAGGAGGAACAUGUGUCGGGUUAUGAGGUUGUAGAGAGGGAGGAGGAGGAGGUGAAGAGUGAAGAGGAAGGUCAAGUCAGUCAAGAGAGGAAGAAGAAGCAAGUGGUGAAAGGAAAAGAAGAUGAAGAAGAGAGAGGAAAAUGUAUCAACACUGCUGAGCACUCUUAUUGUGAAAAUACUAUAAAACCCACUCAGGACUCUUAUUGUGAAAAUACUAUAAAACCCACUCAGGACUCUUAUUGUGAAAAUACUAUAAAACCCACUCAGGACUCUUAUUGUGAAAAUACUAUAAAACCCUCUCAGGACUCUUAUUGUGAAAAGCUUCUACCACCUCCUCUCUUAGAACUUGAAGAAUCAAUCAGAGCAGUGAGCGUCUCCUCAUCACAACUGAAGACUGAAGUGUGUGUGGAGCAGCAGAAGGAGCACAGCUGUGAAGAAGAGGAGGAGCAGAAGGAGCACAGCUGUGAAGAAGAGGAGGAGCAGAAGGAGCAAAGCUCUGACGAGUUAGUUGGAGAAGGAGGAGCAGAUCUUCAGAUUGAAGGUCUCACCACUGUUUCUCCUGGUGACCAAUCACAUCUCAGAGUGUUCAACAGGCCAACACAACAACAACAACUGCUCCACCAAUCAGCUGCUGCCUCUGUCUCAAAGUCCCUUUCCCAGUUGUCCCAGUGUCUCCAGUCCUCACAGUUGUCUCAGUGUCUCCAGUCCUCACAGUUGUCUCAGUGUCUCCAGUCCUCCCAGUCCAGCUUCUAUGGCGUGCUGCUGAGCUCUGGCGCCCUCUGUCUGCCUGGAACCACUGACAGAAAUGGGCGGGCUCUGGUGACGGUCAACACCUGGAGCUCUGUGUGGUCCAACUCUGAGUGUGAGGGGGCGGAGCUGCUCCACCUCCUGCUCUACUACAGCUCCACCCUCAGGGAGGAAGUGCGAGCGUUGGGGCUGACGGUGCUGGUGGACGCACGCAGAGCUGCUCCGGUCCCCGCCCUCUUCUCUGCCCUCAGGUCCCUGCAGGAUCAGACUCCAGGCUCUGCCCACACCGUGUUGUUGCUGGUCAACAGAGACAAUUCAUGUGUGCGUGUGGACAAACCCACAAUCUCACAGGUGCAGGUGCAGGUGCUGACGUCUCUGGAGUCUCUCCACAGACAGGUAGCACUGCAGCAGCUUCCUACAGAGUUAGGAGGCUCCUUCAGCUUCAGUCAGAGCAGCUGGCUCUGCUUCAGAUCGAGAGUGGAGCAGUUGACCAGUCAGUGUGAUGAUGUCAUCAACCUGCUGCAGAAAACCAUCAACGUCCUGGAGACCACACCCCCUCCUGCUUCUGCUCAGGAGGCGGAGCUGCUCUUGUCCCGCUUCAAAGAGGUGAUGUGUGGUGUCCUUGAAGACGGUCGCCUGGUGCGGUUACAGCAGGAGGGCGGGGCCUCUCUGUCAUGGCUGCGUAGAGAGGUGAGAGAGGCGUGGCAGGCGGCGGUGGAGGCGGUGUCGUCUCUGUACGAUCAGGUGGAUGAGCUGCUCCACCAUCUCGUCACUCUGUCCAACACCAGGACGCAGCAGCUCAGCUUCAUCCUGGACUUCAGGAGCCUGGAGGACAGAUUCACUGAGGUGAGCUUGUGGCUGCAGGAGGAGGCGGAGCCUCGUCUGAAGAGUUUGAGUCAAACAGAAGAUUCUCUGCAGCUCGUCAUCAACAAACAACAACAGUUCAAAGAGUUCAGCACCACUGCUUAUGAGUACUGUAAACGUGGCGAGGUGUUGCUGACUCACCUGGAGCGCUGGGAGGGCGUGUCAUCAGCUGACCUCCACGUCUACAAGGUCAAAGUUCACUCUUUCUGGGCUAAGCUUCAGGACUUCUCUCAGCGAGUCAAUGACACGGGUCAGAACAUUGAGCGGGCUGUUCAACUGUACACCUUCUUAGACCAGGCGUAUGGCUGGGCAUUUGCCGGCCUGCGACACCUCGCUGGCAUCAGUAUGGACGAGUGCUCGCUGCCUGACACAUGUCAGGCUGUGAUUGGCUCCCUGCAGGACUACCAGAGCCUACACCCACCAAUCACAGAUGCCCGUUUCCAGGAGAUGAGGGCGGAGGCUGAGGAUCUGCGGGGCGAACAAGGCGUCCGUCAGUUGAGCUUCGCCUCGUCCAAGUGUCAGGAGACCAAGAAGAUGUUUGACAGGAAGAUGGAGGCUGCACUCAGGACUCGAGACUCCACCCAGAGAAGGUGCUCUGACCCAGCCCCCAGCACAAGCUCCACCUCCUCCAGGAAGAAGAUUUCAUCAGGACUGUGGGGCAUCCGUUACUCCUCCUCCUCCUCUUCCUCCUGUCCCUUGGAGGUGGACACCAACAACUCACCUCCUAGUUGCUCCUCCCUCCUGCUCCCCCUCACUUCCUCAUUCUCUACUCCGCAGCGUAAACAGCUCCUCCCACGGCUCGACUCCUCCCCCUCCUUCUUCUCCAGCAGGCAGCAGCAGCUCAGGAAGACACAGAGCUUUGAUGGCCCGCCCCCUGAGACGCCGCGGUACGGCCCCUGUUCUCGAGCCCUCAGCGAGCCACUGCGCAGAGGAAACACGGGCGUGUUCAUUCGCGGCCUGGAGGUCAGCGGCACCGAGGCCGCUGACCGCACACUCUGCCCCAGGACGGCAACACACAGCUGGGCGGGGCCAGUAGGGCACGGCACGCCCACUGCAGACCCCAGACCCAAGGGAAGUAAACUGCGUCACAUGGUGGAGGAGAUGGUGACCACUGAGCGUGAAUAUGUGCGUUCACUGCGUUACAUCAUCCAUCACUACUUUCCUGAGAUGGAGCGAGUGGACCUUCCUCAGGAUCUGAGAGGGAAACGCUCCGUGGUCUUUGGGAACCUGGAGAAACUUCUGGACUUUCACAGUCAGUUCUUCCUCAGAGAGCUGGAGUCGUGCUGGAAACACCCGCUCCGAGUGUCUCACUGCUUCCUGAGACAUCAGCAGCAGUUUGCUCUCUACGCUCUCUACAGUAAAAACAAACCAAAGUCUGAUGCUCUGCUGUUGAACCAUGGAAACUUCUUCAGGUGGAAACAGCUGCAGCUGGGUGAUAAGAUGGAUUUGUUGUCGUACCUGCUGAAGCCCAUUCAGAGAAUGAGUAAAUAUGCGCUGCUGCUCAAUGACAUCAUCAAGGAGGUGGGCGUGACCCAGGAGGCGGAGCUUAAUGCGCUGCAGGCUGCCACCAACGUGGUCAAGUUUCAGCUUCGCCACGGCAACGACCUGCUGGCUAUGGAUGCCAUCCGAGACUGUGAUGUGAAUCUGAAGGAGCAGGGUCAGCUGAUCCGUCAGGAUGAGUUCACUGUGUGGAGUGGGCGGAGGAAGUGUCAGCGUCAUGUCUUCCUGUUCGAGGAGCUCGUUCUCUUCAGUAAACACAAGAAGAUGGAAGGAGGUCUGGACGUGUUCAUCUACAAACACUCCUUCAAGAGCGCAGAUGUGGGUCUGACGGAGUCGAGCGGUGACAGCGGGCUCAGGUUUGAGAUCUGGUUCAGAAGGAGGACGUCCAAGAACCAGACCUUCAUCCUACAGUCCACCUCACUGGACAUCAAACACGCCUGGACCAGUGACAUCACACGCAUCCUGUGGACGCAGGCCACCAGGAACAAAGAGAUGCGACUGAAGGAGAUGGUAUCGAUGGGCGUCGGCAGUAAACCGUUUCUGGACAUUCAGCCGAGUGACGCAGCUAUCAGUGACCGAGCUGUGGAUUACAUCAUGAAGAGCAGAGGUGCUAGGACACGAGCGUCCAUUGCUGUAUCUGUCUUGGAUGUGAACCCAUUUAAACGAGGACUAGUGACCUCUGACCCCAGGUCAACAGGCCCCUCCUCUUCCUCGUCUAGUCUGCUGGGUUCACUCAACUUGCACAUGUUCAGCCAAUCCCUGGCCUCUGCUGCUGACAGCUCCUUCAUAACUUCCUGUUUGGAGGAAGACGAACAGGAACUGGAGACGAGCAGUCAACCGUCCAUGACCACAGAAAGUUCUGGAUCAUCGUCUCGUUGUCUCUCUGGUUCCACUGGCUCAGACAGCAGCCGUGUCUCCUCCCACCUACAGGAGGAGCCCCGCCUCCUCCACCUCCUCUCCCCCUCCUCUCCAUUCAACAGAGAUCACAUGAUAAUUUCAGCAGAAACAGCUGUUGUCAUCAGUCCAUCGAGCGUCCUGUGAUUCUCACGUUGUUCACCUUAAAGUCGUCACUGCUCGUCAUCUGCAGAAAAUCAGAGGUCGUCAUGUUCCUGCUGCUGUUAUUUAUGUUUGUUCUGUAAAUAUAAAGAGUGUGUGUGUGUCAGCUGAUCUCUGUACAUGUGUGUAAAUAAACUCUCAGCUGAUCGUUUGUCAUUUUUCUCACUUGAAUAAAAGAAUCUUCAUCAUG